AUGUAUGCCUACUGUACGUAUGCUCAAAAUGACAGCAUUUGCUGGGGCACUCCCAGGGGUGGUGGCGCCACCAGGUCCCACUCGGAGACGGUGGCACCCCCAGGGACCCUCCCAGAGGUGGUGGCACCUCCAGAGACACUCCAAGGAACAGUGGCACCUGCGGGGACCUUCGCAUGGACCCUCCCAAGGUCGGCAGUGCCCCUAGGUACCCUCAUAGGGGCGGCAGCGCCCCAAGGGGCUCUCUCACAGGUGGCGGUGCCCCCAGGGGUCCUUUCAGGCGUGGUGGCGCCCCCAGCGACCCUUUCAGGGGCAGCGGGGCCCCCAGGGUCCUUAUUUGCGACACUGAGCCUGGCAUUGCCUCUAUGGGGCGCAACCGCCCCUGACAGAGCCUCUGGGGGUGCCAGAGCCCUUGGCAGGGCCUCUGGGGCUCCUGGCUGCGCCACAGCCCCUGGCAGGGCUCCUGCGGGCACCGCUGCUCUUGGCAGGGCCCCUGGGGUCGCUGUUGUUCCAGGGAGGGACUCUGGGGGCGCCACCGCCCCGGGAAGGGACACCUGGGUCGCCACCUACCCUGGUAGGGUUCCUGGGGGCGCCACUGUCCCUGGAAAGGUCCAUGAGAGCGCCACCGCCCCUGGCAGGGCCCCUGGGAGGAUACCUCCUUUGGGAGGGCCCCUGGGGGCACUGCUGCCCCUAAGGAGAGCCUCUGGGUGCGCCGUUGCACCUGGAAGGGCCCCUGGGGGCGCUGAGACCCUGGGGGCGCCACCGCCCCUGGCAGAAACCCUGGGGGUGCCACCUUCCCUGUCGGGGCCUCUGGGGGGCGCCACCUUCCCUGUCGGGGCCCCUGGGGGCGCCACUACCCCUGGGAGGGCUCCUGGGGUCGCCGUUGCACCUGGUAGGGCUCAUGUGGGAGCCACCGUCCCUGAAAGGUCCCCUGGCAGGGCCUCUGGGGGCUCCACCGCCCCUAACAAGGCUUCUGGGGGCGCCAGAGACCCUGGCAGGGACAGUGGCGCUAACAGGGGCUUUGCCAGGGGCGGUGGCACCCCAGGGGUUCUGCCAGGGGUAGUGAUGCCCCCAGGGGCCUUCCCAAGGGAAAUGGUGCCCCCAGGAUCCGUCCCAAGGACAGCUGCGCCUCCAAAGGCCCUGCCAGGGGCGGUGGCGCCCCUAAGGGUCCUCCCAAGGACAAUGGCACUCCCAGGGAUCCGUCCAGGUGCCACGGAGCACCCAGAAGCUUUCAUUAGAGGCAGGUCCUGGCAGGGCUCCUGGAAGCGUCACCGCCCCUGCAAGGGCCCCUGGGGGCGCAGUUGCCCCUAA